ACACGGACACCAGAGUCCAUGGGAAGCCCGCGUCGACUCUCUCUCUCCCUCUCUCUCUCGUUCUCUCUCUCUCUCCCUCUCUCUCUCGCUCUCUCUGUCUCUAACACACACACACACACGCCUGGUCACGCCAGGGUCAGCCCAGAGUUGUGUAAACACACGUGGACGCCAGAGUCCAAGGACGCCCGCGCCUCUCGCUCUCUCUCGCUCUCUCUCGCUCUCUCUCUCCCUCUCGCUCUCUCUCGCUCUCUCUCUCCCUCUCGCUCUCUCUCGCUCUAACACACUCAGUGUGACACGGACGAGCGAGGAUGGACGCGCUGUCGGCCUGGACGCUGCUGGCCGCGGCCCUGGGGCUGCUGUACUGGCUGACCACGCGCAACCACGACGUCUUCCGGCGUCAGGGCAUCCCCCGGGCCCCGGCCGCUGCCCUUCUGGGGGACGAUGCUGGGCUACUUCCGGGGCGUGUGGAAGUACGACAUGGAAUGUUUUGAGAAAUACGGGACCAUGUGGGGGCAGCUGGACGGGCAGGUGCCGUCGCUGGUGGUGAUGGAUCGCGAGUUCAUCCGCAGCGUCAUGUACCUGGGUCCGGCCGGGCCCUGGCGCAACGGCCUGACCAUCGCCAAGGACGAGGCCUGGAGGCGGCUCCGCGCGCUGCUGUCGCCCACGUUCACGGGGCGCGCGCCUGCGCGAGAUGUUCCCCAUCACCGAACGCUGCGUCGACGCCCUGGUGGAGCACCUGGCCCGGGAGGCGGAGCGCGGCGGGCGCGUGUGUCUGCAGCCUCCUCUUCCCGUUCCUGGAGCCCGUGUUCGACCUCCUCAACGUGUCCAUGUUCCCCGCGAGACGCCGUGGACUUCUUCCGCGCCUUCCUGGAGAGGGCGAAGGAGCAGCACCGGGAGCCGGGGCGGGAGAACCGCGUGGACUUCCUGCAGCUGAUGCUGAACGCCCAGGAGCACGCGGAGCCCGGGAAAGCGCUCACGGACUCCGACAUCCUGGCUCAGUCCAUCUUCUUCAUCUUCGCGGGCUACGACACCACGAGCUCCACCCUCGCCUUCAUGCUACACGCGCUCGCCACGCGCCCACACGUGCAGGCGAGGCUGCAGGCCGCCGUGGACGCCGCGCUGCCCGGGGGCGUGAGCCCCCCCACCUACCAGUCGCUCGAGGCCCUGGACUACGUCGACAUGGUGGUGAGCGAGACGCUGCGCCUCUACCCCGUGUGCUCGCGCGUGGACCGCGUGUGCGGGAGGGACGUGACGCUCCACGGCGUGUCCCUGCCCCGCGGCGCCGUCGUCACGGUCCCCGUGUACGCGCUGCACCACGACCCGGGGCGCUGGGCCGAGCCCGAGGACUUCCGGCCCGAGAGGUUCAGCCCCGAGCACCGCGCCGCCAUCGACCCCUACAGCUACCUGCCCUUCGGCUGCGGCCCCCGGAACUGCAUCGGCCGCAGGUUCGCGCUCAUGACCAUGAAGCUCGCUCUAACCAAGCUCGUGCAGCGCUUCAGCUUCCUGCCCUGCGAGGAGACCCGGAUCCCGCUGCAGCUGGGCCUGGAGCCAAACCUCCACCCGGCGAAACCCAUCGUCCUGAGGGUCGUGUCCCGUGAGGUGUGACGCGGGGACACGCGUGUCCCAUGAUCGUGUCCCAUGAUCGUGUCUCGUGAUCGCGUCCCGUGACCCUCGCGCUGCUCCGGGGUCGGCGCUGAACACGCGAACGGGACUCGGGGUGUCACGCAAGGACGGAAAUAAACACGCGAGUGUGAA